AUGGAGCCUAAACGUGAUUUCAGGAGCAUCAUAAACUCAGUACCUUUUACCUUUCUGGUCGGCCCGAGCCAUACAAAGCUCACCAUCCAGUCGGGUCUCGCCAGCCAUGUUUCCGGGCCCCUCGACCACCUUAUGAACAGUGGUCAAACACGGGAGUCCAAGCACCAGAUCGCCAUCCUGGAAGAUGAGGAUGUGGAGACAUUCGUCGCAUUUUGCGAGUAUGCGUAUACGGGAGACUAUGUCGUGCCACCGCCGGGAUGCCGGGAGGAUAAUAAAGAGCAGGACUCGAUUAACAAUCCCUUCAAUGGAAUGAUUCCGGAAGACACUGGCAACUCGACCCCAGCAGCUGGUCUAACAGGACCACCGCAACAGCCCGCAGAGUUAUUGAACGAGCCAUAUGUGGUAGACCGCAGUGACAAUGAACACGAGGGUGAUCGUGAACACGAAGAAGAGGCUGGAGCCCCAAGCCAGCAGCCUGGCAGAAGAGAAGGAGAAGCAUGGCCUCUCUCAACUCACACUGAGUACCUGCCCCAGGACCCAGCUGCUACGCCUCGAGAGUCUGAUCAAUCUCCCGCUUCUUCUGCCGACCCCUCCCCCUCCCGCGGGAGAAGACGUCGCAGGGGAAAGAGUGAUGAACAACAAGGGUUCAUUCAAGACCCUUCGCUUAAACUCACGCCCCCGUGCACACCCCCCGGUGCUGCAAGAGUUGAACCUGCACAGGCGGCACAACUGCCCUUUGCAGAACCCACCGAGAACCCCCACGCCUCGACCGAGGAAGCCGCAGCCCAGCCCAAAUCCACCAUACAGCCAAUGGGACAUCCCGAGCCAACCAUCGGCAACGGCGUGAAGGAAAGUGGAUAUGACGAAGUUCAGAAUCGGCAAGACAAGGACCCGAGUGCGCGCCGAGUGCAGCCGGUCAUAGACACGUCUUUUGCCAAUCAGCAGUUCUCUCCUCGCCACGAGACAGGAACAACAACCUUGUGGGACGAAUUCACAGUGAUUGACGACACUGGACCUCGACCCUCCCACCAUGCAACAAGGGCUUCAAACCCGCUUCCCGGUGUGGUAUUGCCCUACCUGAUCUUCCAUGCUAAAUUGUAUGUUUUCGCUACACGCUACUUGAUCCCGGAUCUUGCACAUCUGUGUUUGCAAAAGCUUCAUCACGACCUUCUAAAUUUGGCGUUUCCGGACCCAGACCCUGAGAAUCAGUACGUGGAGCAGCUUGUUUUGACCACAACUAAGGCCAGGAUGGUCGUCGAUCUCCUCAGCUAUACCUACACGAAAACUACUCGCCUGGAGCCGAUAACACCCUCAUCAGCCACUCAGCUCCGGGACAAUGAGCUUCGGAGACUUGUUGUGCACUAUGCCGCAUGCAAAGUGCGCGACCUUGCAGAGUACUGUCCUCCAACGGAACCUAUCGUAGGGUCCACGUUUUACUCAGAGGAACCAGAAAGGCCGUCUGCUCGCGGGUUUCGCGCACUUUUAGAUAAUCUUCCGGAGCUUGCUUCGGAUCUGAUAUACCGCAUGAUAUAA